AUGGCGGUCAUCGAGGACCUCAGUGCCUUCCUCGGCGAUAUCGCGGCCAAGGACGACCUCUUGCGCAAAGCAGCUCCGUCGUCUGCUGCCUCCGCCGCUCUCCCGCCAAUCCGUGGCCAGUCCGCCUCGUCGCAGGGCGCGCCAGCCAAGGCGCCUGCCAAGGCGCCUACCGAGCCGCCGGCAGACGCAUCAGCCAUCUGGGACGGCGACGAAGCGGUCGCCUCUGCGCCAGCGCCCGCUAGCUUUGUCGCAUCGGCCACCUUCACGGGUGUGCGGCCGGGAUUCGUCUUCAAGAAGGGCCCAAAAGGCGUCGGCUAUUACACGGAUGACGCCAGAGGCGACUCGGAUGCCCGUGGCGGGCCAGCGCCGCCCGCCCGCCGCAAGCACGCCUACGAGUACUUUGCCGAGUGGGACAAGUACGACGCGGACGCGGAGGCGGCAAAGGUCGAUCGUGAGGCGAGCGGCACCGUUGUGGCGGGUGGAGGCGGCGCUGGGGACGAGAGCGACGGCCUGCCGGCCGGUCUGACCGCGGCGAUGCUGCGCGAGAUGCCACGUGUCGAGGUGGAGAGGCGCGCCCGCCUGCCCAGGCUUCAGCGGAUGCUGCGAGCCCUCGCCGAGAAGCAAAAGGGGAACGAGCAGUACAAGGUUGGAGAGUACAAGAAAGCGAUCGUCAACUACACCCACUCGCUCCGGCUCGACCCGGGCAACGCCGCCGUCUACGCGAACCGUGCGCUGUGCAACCUCAAGCUGCGCUCGAACAGCCUCGCCGUCGCCGACGCGGACGCCGCGCUCAGCCUCGACGACGGCUUCACCAAGGCGCGGCUGCGGCGCGCGAUCGCGCGCCGCCGCUUGGGUCAGCCAGCGGCUGCAAUCAAGGACCUGCGUCGUGUGCUCGAGGUUGAGCCCCACAAUAAGGAGGCGGCCGAGCAGCUUCGGCUCGCCACGAUCGAGGGCGAGCGCGAGCGGCGCGAAGAGGCGGCGCGCGCGGAGGCGGCGCCCCCACCGGAGGCGGGCGCGGAGGCGGGCGCGGAGGCGGGCGCGGAGGCGGGCGCGGAGGCGGGCGCGGAGGCGGGCGCGGAGGCGGGCGCGGAGGCGGGCGCGGCGCGCGGAGCGCAGCGGGGCGAGCGCAGGCGCGGCGGCUUUUUGAUUGAGGAGCUGGAGGAGGAGGAGGAGGAGGAGGAGGAGGCCGCCGCUGCCGUGUCGGGCACCGCUGCCCCCGGCCUUGCCGCCGCCACGGCAGCGGCUGCAGCGGCUGCAGCGGCCGCCUCGGCUCAGUCUGAGGCGCAGUGCGACGCGGCGAAGAAGCUCUUUGCGGCGGGGGCGUACGACGCGGCUGCCGACAGCUACUCUGCGGCCCUCGACACGCUCUCCACCACCCCGGGCGGAGGCUCUCGCUCGGACGACAAGCUGCGCGCGCGCUGCCUCAACAACCGCGCUGCGUGCCAGCUGCAGCUGCGCCGCUUCUCCGAGGCGGUCGCCGACUGCGACGCCGUGCUCGCGUUCGAGCCUCGCAACGCGCUUCACCGGCGGGCAGUCGCUCGCGAGGCGCUCGAGCGCUACGCCGGCGCGCUGGAGGAUUGCCGCGCCCUCCAGGCUCUUGGAGCCGCAAGCGCUGAGGUCUCCGCUUCUUGCACGAGGCUCAACCGGCUCGUGGAGCAGCAGCGUGCGGAGGAUUCGCAGGGCCGGGAUGCGGCGGCUGCUCCGACCCCCGUUGCGCCGUCUGGCAGCGGCGAGGCGGAUGCCGCCGCCGCGGCCGCGCCCUCGCUCACGACCGAGGACGAUCAAGCGGCGGCGAAGGCGAAGGCGGCGGCCGCGCGCGAGCGGGGUGGCGCUGCGUUUCGGCGUGGCGAGUUCAAGGCUGCCGCCGAGGCGUACUACGAGGCUGCAAAGCACGAGCCGCUGGUGCACACCCACUUCUCCAACCUCGCGCUCGCGCUCCUCAAGCUUGAGGCGACUCGCCACCCUGAACCGGCUCACGCUGUCACCGCCGCCAAGCGGUGCACGGAGCUGGCCCCCUCCUUCGCCAAGGGCUGGUUCCGUCUCGGUGCCGCUCAGCGCGCGAAGGGCAACCUGUCGGCGGCGUGCGACGCAUUUGCCGCCGGCCUGCCACAUGCCUCGCCCGACGAGGCGCGCGACCUUCGCCGCCAACUGGCCGAGGCGCGAAAGGCCCUCGACUGCGUCCCGGCGGGGAUCGAGGAGGCGGGGAAGCCGGCGCCGUGGGCGGCCGGCGGCGACAAGGCGCGCGGCAAGGUCGACUUGGCCAAGGCGGUGCAGACUGCCAAGCGCGUCGCGGAGCUGGCGCCGGCCACGCAGGCCGGGCCGGACGAGCUGCUGUCUCUCGGCUACUCGGCCUUUGAGCGCUCCUUCCUGCAGCUGUGGGCUCGCGGCAAGGCCUCGUCCCAGCGCGACACCGACCUCGCCGCGUACCUCGGCCAGCUCCCGCGCGAUGCGCGCGGGCUCGCCGCCUUUGUCGGCGACGCCAUGUCCGAGGAGACCCUCUCUGCCUUUGUACUUGCCGCCGAGCGCGUCAUGCUGCCACGCGACGCCGUUGCCGCCGCCGCAUUCCUCGGCCGGCUGGCGUCUGUGCGUCGUUUUGAGUUGCUCUGGAUGUUCCAGGGAAAGGCCGAGUCGACAGCGGCGACCAACGUGCUGCGCGCUGCAGUUGCCACCAGCGGUGGAGACGAGCCAGCGCGCGAGGUUGCGACCAAGUACGGCGUCAAGCUCUGA